UCCUGAACCAGAAAAUUGCAAUUGUUGUAUCAUUGUCCUAAGAAACAUAUCUUUCAGUUUCAGUUGCAAUCGUUCUAUCAGUGUGCAGUACUUGGCUUUGAAUGCACUUCAUCUAUCAUCACCCAAUUCUGACUACUACUACUACAAACUUCCCUCAAAAACCAACCCACGUAAGCAUCGCAACCCCACUUCCUUAUUCAAAGCCCUCGACAGUUUUCGAAGCAACCCACGUAACGUAACCAGUUGCCAACAAUGGUGGAGAAUUCAGGGGUACUCGGCUGGUUCCUCCUCAACCCCAAAACGCCACCUUUCGCUUCUCACAAGACCCUCUUCGCGUUCCUCUGGGUGGCGGCGCUGGCCUCGCUUUUCGUCUGGCAGAGGAACACCAUCAGCGGGUUUCUCGUGCUGGGUGGUGUUCCGGUGCUACCGCCGCCGAAGCUGCGGCCGGUGGUUUUCUGUUUGACCGAGUUUGGUGGGGUCGGUGACGGCGUUACUCUCAACACUGAGGCGUUUGAGAGAGGUGUUAGGGCCAUUUCCAAGUUGGCGGAUAAGGGUGGCGGCCAACUCACUGUGCCACCUGGACGUUGGCUCACAGCACCCUUCAACCUCACCAGUCACAUGACUCUUUUUCUUGCUCCUGAUGCUGUUAUACUUGCAAUUCAGGACGAAAAGUAUUGGCCACUGAUGCCUGCAUUGCCUUCGUAUGGGUAUGGAAGGGAGCAUCCUGGUCCUCGAUAUACCAGUUUGAUCCACGGCCAAAAUCUUAGAGAUGUUGUCAUAACAGGGCAUAACGGUACCAUAAAUGGACAGGGACAAACAUGGUGGACAAAAUAUCGCCAAAAGCUUCUGAACCACACUAGGGGGCCACUUGUUCAGAUAUUAUGGUCUAGUGACAUUGUGAUCUCAAACAUUACUUUGCGUGACUCUCCUUUUUGGACACUUCAUCCCUAUGACUGCAAAAAUGUUACAGUGAAAAAUGUUACUAUAUUGGCUCCAGUAUAUCACGCUCCAAAUACUGAUGGCAUAGAUCCUGAUUCUUGUGAGGAUAUGCUGAUAGAGGACUGUUACAUAAGUGUGGGGGAUGAUGCAAUUGCAAUAAAAAGUGGAUGGGAUCAAUAUGGAAUUACUUAUGGAAGGCCUUCCAAGAAUAUAGUGAUUCGAAACCUCGUUGUUCAAUCUAAUGUCAGUGCUGGGAUCUCAAUAGGAAGUGAGAUGUCUGGUGGGGUAUCGAACGUGCUGGUGGAGAACAUUCUGGUAUGGGAAUCAAGACGCGCGAUGAGAAUCAAGACAGCACCAGGAAGAGGUGGCUACGUGCGCCAAAUAACUUACAGGAACCUAGUUUUCAAAAACGUGCGUGUCGGAAUUGUGAUAAAGACAGAUUACAAUGAACACCCUGGUGCUGGAUACGAUCCAAAAGCACUUCCAAUACUGAGAGACAUAAGGUUCAUCAAUAUCCGUGGCCAAGGAGUUCGUGUGCCGGUUCGAAUUCAAGGCAGCGAACAGAUUCCGAUAAGAAAUGUGACAUUCCAGGACAUGAAGGUUGGAACAACCUACAAGAAGAAGCAUAUCUUUCAGUGUGCCUUUGUCCAAGGUCAGGUAAUAGGGACCAUCUCUCCUGCUCCAUGCGACAGCUUUGAUCGGUACGAUGAGCAAGGGCAGCUUGUUAAGCAUGCUGCUUCACAGAAUGUCACAGACAUAGAUUAUGAAAUUUGAGGUGAUGUCUGUGUUCCAAACUCAAUGAAUGUGUUACCUCUGAUGUGCGUGCGUGUGUGUAUAUAAAGGGUGUGCUCAAUGAAAGCAUGAGAGGAAGUUAUCUUGGUCAUGGAUGACCAAGAUUGUUAGUUACUUUUCUUAGAUGAUGAGUUGUAUAUAGGAAAUUUUUCAGAUGCUUAUAUAAAUUUUCCAGAAUUACAAAA